UUUUUCUUUACUUAAACAACAUACAUCUUCCCCUAAUUAAAAAUUCCACUAAUUUUCUUCUCUCUCAAGUUGCCAUUGACUUUUUUAAACUUUGAAAACCACCCCAAGUAACCAUUUCUUUGGCCACAGCCAUGGCUGACCAAACUACUUUUUUCAUCUCCAAUCGCUUGUUCUGCUUUCAUUCUUCCAGGAGAUCAUGAACACCUCAUCCGGUUAUGAUCAGGGAUUUCUCGGCUCCAACAACAACAUUGGUGGGUUUGCAUAUGGCGUUGGAAUUUCUAUUGGAAUCCUCUUGCUUAUCAUGACCAUCACAUUGGCUUCCUACUUUUGCACCAGGGGUACUCAUCAACAACCACAAGCCCCGUCAAGGACAAGGCAAGAGCCUGCAACUGAUCCUGAGAGUUUUGUUGUCGAUAUAGGCCUCGAUGAGGAAAUGAUAAAGAGCUAUCCCAAGCUGCUGUACUCCGAGGCCAAGCUCCACAAGAAAGAUUCCACAGCUACAUGCUGUUCCAUAUGCUUGGCAGAUUACAAGAGUAGUGAUACGCUUAGACUGCUGCCUGAUUGUAACCAUCUCUUCCAUGUCAAGUGUGUUGACCCCUGGUUGCGGCUGCACCCAACAUGUCCAGUUUGCCGGACAUCUCCAAUCCCGACCCCCUUAUCCACUCCUCUAGCUGAGGUCGUUCCCUUAUCAAGCAGGCCAGGUGGUUGAUGUGAAGGAUUCUCAUAAUUUCUGUGUAAAAAUUCUUUCUGUUGUCCUCUUUUCUGUGUGAAUUUUAGAUUGAAAUCCAGAACAUUCUCUUACUGCUACAAAUGCAAGAUGGUUCUAGGAAUUUAUGCGUAAAUGCAAUCAUUUUUCACAUAGAGAAGGAACAUCUACUAGCAAAAGACUUUGAAAUUGCCUUGGCUAACAUGUUGGAGAUGAAAGAAAUAUUAAUCUUUCUAGACUCUGAGAGGAAGAAACAGAGAACCCAAGAAAGCUCAGUGGAUGGUAUUUGCCUAAAUUGCCAAGGAAAAUCUUUUCAUGAAUAUAAAAAGGCUAUUGAUAUGUACUCUCAUUUGAGACUUUAAUCUAACAGCAAUCAACAAGUCCUGAAACAUUGAGCUUUUACCAUAUAUCCCAAUGGCCUGCAGACAAUGAGGCAGCAUAGCAAUGAAGCUAAAAUUAAGAUGGUCAGCCCAGAAACCAGAUAGAUUUGGAGAUAGUUUUGGGUUAGAGACAAAAUUCUAUGCUAAGU